CUGAACCGGCCUUUCAGAGGCUUUUGUAGUUGUGCGCGUGCGCAGAGUCAAAGUGCUCACACGAGAGGCGUGGUUUGCAUGAUGGCGGCGGACGGAGACGUCAAAGGCAGCGAAGGCAACCCGUUUUCGUUCAAGACCUUUGUAAAGCGGACUGGUGUCGAUGGAGGAGCGAAAGGAGGGGUAAAGAAGGAAGGUGGUAGAAAGAGUAAACGCCCUAGUGCUGCCACUCAGGACGCUGGAAGUGUCCCUUUUCCCAGAGAAGGUAGAGAAAACCCCUUCUCCUUCAAGAAGUUUGUGAAAAAACAGACUGGGGCCAGUAGUAGUGAGGGGUCCUCCAGUAGCAGCGACGGGGAACACAGUCUCUCCAACAGCCUGGAGCCUCAUCCUCUCCCCCUCGCCACGUCAGACCACCCUCUCUCCCUCCCCUCCCCCUCCCCUGCACCCUCCACUACCAGCAAGAAAGACAGAGCUUCUAAACCACCGCUAAAAACUGCGUCCUCAUCUCGCCCACCUUCCCAGCCAUUCCCGACCAAAACCUCACUGAAGGAGGGUCACAAAUAUUUGAGGAAACAGAAAAAGAAGGAGAAAGACAGUCUGUUUGACGAUUCAGACUCUGGGUCUGACAGUUUCACCAGUACAAGUCUCGACAGCAGUCUCCCUCUACCAGCCAGCAGGGGUAUUGGCCCAGACCCUCUGCUAUCUCCUACCAGUGAUGACCCUCUGGCCCUCCCCACUGUGGAUGGUGGAGGAGGGAAGGCAGAGGGAGAGGGUGUGGGGAUACUGAGACUGUCUGACAGUAGCGAGGAUGAGAGUGGUGGCCUGGUGACUCCCGGUCUCCCCCAGGGCAGUUCUCUGCUGGCUACAGUAGACCCUGCUCAGACUGACACACUCAGACAACAGUGCUCACAGCUGAGUGCAGAGAACAAGCAGUUGAAGGAGGAACUGGACAAGGUCAAAGAAAAUUUCCACAAAGAGAAACACAACAACAGCAAGUUGAAGGAGCAGUUGCAGGCUCUAAAGAAGAAGGAGGCAGAGGAGACUAAAGCUCUGGAGGACAUUGUUGCCAAAGUCGAGGAAAACCUCGUCACUUCCACCAAAAGGGCAGUGAAUGCCGAGGCAAUGGUUUCCCAACUAAAGCAAGAGUUACAGAGUCUUCAGGUCAUGUUGUCACAGGCUGAUGCCCAGAGUGUCCACAGACACUAUGAGGAGACCCUGUCGGGAGUGAGGGACAAGGCCACAUAUGCCUCCAGACAGCUCUCCAUGGCUGCCAUGGCUGCCGACCAAUCCAUCAGGGAGUUGCUGUCAGGAGUGGACACCCUCAAGAACGUGGCCGAGAUUCUUCAGUUCAUUGACAGAAUUUCAGAAAUCAAGCAACACUAGUCACUUUAUUGUGUGUAUAUAUACACUCCUCCACCUCCUGUUUGUGUGUUUAUCGACUUGCAAUGUUGUCUUUAGCGGUGUAUCAUCAGUGCGUGUGUCGUGCGCAUGCGUAUGUACGUACCCUGUCGCGCAGUUUUGCACCGAAAUGGCGACAGUGUUUUAUCGCGAGCGUCCGUCCUCGGUGAAGCUGGCAAGCGUCAAGCACGGGCUCUACCAUCCCCUCUUGCCCACUCUGCGCAGGAUGGACAUGGACGACGUGGCAAAGAGACUUCCCCAAGAGCACUCGCGAACUUCUACUCCUUGUACCCGAGAAAUGUUCGUCACUGCAAGAAGUACGCUACACACUCCCAGAGUGAAACUGCAUUGUAAGGAGCUGCUGAGCAGGCAGACUGAUGCUGCAGUGAAAACAUACACACCUCUCAACGUACCCAGUUACACAGAGAGUUGGAACGCCACUUUGGAUCUUAUCAACUGUUCUUCUCAGCUCUCUGCAACACACAGCCAUAACAGGAUUGGCAGUGAGAUUCAGACAACCAGCCAUCACUAGUGGCCUGGAAGGUAGGACACUAUUCAUGGAGCAUGGCUAUAAUUAUACAUACACUCCAUCUAUCCUCAGUACUCGGUAGCUGCUGGAUCCAGGCUCUCCACAGCAAGACCUCUGCCAGCUAACAUGUACAGUCGACAUCGCAUAAUGAGAAGGACAGUGUCUGCUGUCCCAUGGAAAUAAUUUCCUCUAACAAUUCAUUGUACAAAGUGACAAGAGCUACAGUGUAGUUACAUAAUAUGAAAUUACAUAGCUAAUGCUAUAAUAUUACUCUAGAUGCCUAC